AUGGCGCAGGUUCAAGUGCAGCCGCAGCCACCGAAUGGGAUGGCCAACAAUGGUGGCGCUGCCGGGGUAAACCAGUUCCCGUCCUCAUCGCUCUACGUCGGUGACCUCGACGUGAACGUGACGGACUCGCAGCUGUAUGAUCUGUUCAGCCAGAUUGGGCAAGUGGUGUCUGUGCGCGUGUGCCGCGACAUCGGCACCCGCCGCUCGCUGGGCUAUGCCUACGUCAAUUACAACAGCCCGGUCGACGCUGCAAGGGCACUGGAUGCGCUGAAUUUCACGCCUCUCAACAAUAAGCCUAUUCGUAUAAUGUAUUCAAACCGGGACCCUAGCACUCGUAGAAGUGGGGCUGCUAAUAUAUUUAUUAAGAAUCUGGACAAAACAAUAGACAACAAAGCACUGUAUGAUACCUUCUCUGUAUUCGGAAACAUACUUUCUUGCAAGGUUGCUACUGAUCCUUCUUGCCAGUCAAAAGGCUAUGGUUUUGUUCAAUUUGAUCAAGAGGAGGCGGCACAAAAUGCAAUUAACAAAUUAAAUGGUAUGCUUAUCAAUGAUAAGCCAGUUUAUGUUGGACCUUUCCUUCGUAAACAAGAAAGGGAAAAUUCAGCAGACAAGGCAAAAUUUAAUAAUGUCUUUGUCAAAAACCUAUCGGAAUCUACAACAAAGGAAGAUUUAGAGAGAAUAUUUGGCAAGUAUGGGAAAAUUACAAGUGCUGUUGUUAUGAGGGAGGAGGAUGGAAAAUCAAAGUGCUUUGGAUUUGUGAAUUUUGAAAAUACGGAUGCUGCUGCUCAGGCAGUUCAGGAACUCAAUGGGCAGAAAUUUGAUGAGAAGGAGUGGUAUGUUGGAAAAGCACAGAAGAAAUCUGAAAGGGAACGAGAACUGAAAGGACGGUUCGAUCAAAGUAUUAAGGAAGCAGCAGAUAAAUAUCAAGGACUCAACUUAUAUUUGAAAAAUUUAGAUGAUGACAUCGGAGAUGAUUCACUGAAAGAAUUGUUUUCUGAAUAUGGUACUAUUACAUCUUGCAAGAUUAUGCGGGAUCCCAGUGGUGCAAGUAAAGGUUCUGGAUUUGUUGCUUUCUCGACUCCUGAGGAAGCAGCUCGAGCUCUUGCAGAUAUGAAUGGGAAGAUGAUUAAUGGAAAACCACUCUAUGUUGCACUUGCACAAUCGAAAGAAGAUAGGAGAGCUAGAUUGCAGGCACAUUUUUCACAGAUGCGGCCAGUUGCAAUGACACCUGCCAUUGGUCCUAGGGUGCCUAUGUACCCUCCUGCUACUCCUGGUUUGGGACAACAAAUCUUUUAUGGUCAACCUCCGCAUGCCCUUAUUCCUCCACAGCCGGGAUUUGGCUUCCCACAACAGCAUGUUCCGGGAAUGAGGCCUGUGGGUGCUCCUAUGCCAAAUUUCUAUUUGCCAUUAGUCCAACAAGGUCAGCAGACACGCCCUGGGGGGAGACGUGCCAGCGCUGGACCUGUGCAACAAACACAUCAGCCGAUGCCUUUAAUUCAGCAGCAGAUGCUUCCACGUCGUGUCUUUCGCUAUCCUCCUGGGCGCAACAUACCUGAGGUUCCUAUGCCUGGUGCACCUGGAGGAAUGCUCUCACCUUAUGAUAUGGGUAGUUUGCCUAUACGAGAGGCUGCCAUUUCACAACCUAUUCCCACCGGGACACUGGCUUCAGCCCUUGCUAAUGCAAACCCUGAGCAGCAAAGAACGAUGCUUGGUGAAAGCCUGUACCCACUGGUGGACCAACUGGAACAUGAUCAUUCAGCUAAAGUGACUGGAAUGCUUCUGGAGAUGGACCAGACAGAAGUCCUGCAUUUGUUGGAGUCUCCGGAAGCAUUGAAAGCAAAAGUGGCAGAAGCUAUGGAAGUCCUGAGGAAUGCUUCACAGCAGCACCAGCAUGUGAAUGCUCCAGCUGAUCAGUUGGCAGCAUUAUCCCUGAAUGAUGGUCUUCAAGUUGAAUAACUAGUUUUUUUUUUGUGGAGGAUGUUCUGUUGUGGACAUUGGUUUUGUUCUGGAGAGAGAACUUGUUCUUUAGGGUAGGUUCGUAAGGAUCAUUUUUGAGUUGAAUCUUGUCAGGGUCUAGCAGAUUUGUGGCUUAAUUAAUAUUUGAAGUGACCAUUGACUAACUAGCAAUUUGGAAUUAAUUGUUUUUUUUGCUUA